UAAAAAAAAUACGUUGCACGAUGUAAAGGAUAACAUGACGUAUCAACAACUAUACACCAUAUAGUGGUCUGGUACUCUGGUUUUCAUUGAUUGAUAAACAUAUCACAUUCCUUAAGGUUAAUUUCAUGUGAAACCAAAAAGAAACCCUAAACAUUCUUCACAAACCAAAUCCACAGAGAGUUCUUCCUCGCCUCUUGAGAGCAUAGACAACACCCUAACUAAUCCCCCUUUACCCAAAUCAUGAUCCAUCAAAUUCAUGGCCGAUUCUUCACCAGCUAACAGCAACAACUUGUCCUGGAAUGAUUAUUCGUCUCAAUAAAACCCCCUGAUUUACUUUGUUUACUGCCAUCUGACUUCAAUUGCUUCCCAUUAACAAACCCUAAGCAGUAGCACCACUUAUCACAGCAAGUUCUAUCAAUGGAGCCGGAGAGAUUUAACUAUGUGGGUAGUUUUGAGGAUGAUCUUGAGCCAAUUUCCAGUGAUACUGAAUCAUGUAAGGGUAAUUUUGAGGAUGAUUAUGAACCAAUUUCCAGUGAUACUGAAUCAUGUAAGGGUAAUUUUGAGGAUGAUUAUGAACCAAUUUCCAGUGAUGCUGAAUCACUUAACAGUGAGAAGACUACACUCUUUGUAGAAAAGACUCAACUUUUAUGUGAUAUCGAAUCACUUAAAAGUGAGAAGACUACACUCUUUGUAGAAAGGACUCAACUUUUAUGUGAUAUCGAAUCACUUAAAAGUGAGAAGACUGUAGUGGUUACUGAUAUUUGUUCGCUCAAUAAGAGGAAGAUUGUCUUGGAAACUGAUACUGAAUCAGAUAAAAGGAAGAAGAGUGAAUUGGGAAGGGAAGUUGAGUUGUGCAGCAAAGAGAAGGGAAAAUUGCAAAGUGAUGUUGAGUCACUUAAGAAAGAGACGACUAAACAGAGAAAUGGAAUUGAGAUUAUGAACUCAAAGAAGAAUGUACUUGAAAAGGAUAUCGAAUCACUCGACGGCGAAAAGAACAAACUAGAAAGUGAAUUAGAAUUGAUGAACAGGGAGAAGGCUAUCUCGGCUCACUUUUGCUUAGCUGAAUUAGAAUUAGAAUUAGAUAAAUUCACUAGACGACUAAACCCCAAAAUCUGGAAGUUGGUCACUUUUGCUUGCUGUACGAUUAAGUGAGAAGAUUAAAUUGAGAACUGACAUUGAGUUACUUAACCAAGAGAAGGGCAGAUUGCAAACUGAUGUUGAAUUUCUCAAGGAAGAAAAGGAUUCAUUACACCAAGAUCUCAGUGAAGAGAAGGAUGAAUUUAUUCGUGGCGCAAUACAUGAAGUUAAUGAAUCUAUUCCUGAACGAGAAAAUGCAUUAGCUGAGAUUUGGGAAGCCCAACAAGAACUUAUCGAGCAAAUGGCGUCAAAAAAGGUAACCAGAAAUACGGUGAUUGGAGUAAAAGAGAACACGAUGUUGUGGAAUUUUAGAGAGAAGAAGAGAGCCACGCUGAAAGAAGCGAUUAGUUUUCAAUUUAAUCGUACAGCUAAGCAUAGGUGACCAACUUCCACACCAGCCUUGUGCAAGUAUCUUUUGACAGGGUUAAGGAUUUUCAACUGGAAAGUAAGAAUGUAGUAAUGUCUAUCUUUUGAGGUUUUCUGAGUACAUUAGGGGGAGGGAUGCUAACACAAUACAAAAUUUCAGAUGUGUGUGAGAAGAGUUACGUGAUGAGAUAAUGAUACAUUGGAAAGGAUAGAGUAGAGAUGUUAACGGUCUGCUCAUGAUGCGAUGCUGAUCUUCAAACUUGUAAAUGUUUUUGAAUUUGAAAUGAAAAAUUCUCCCUUUUCA